AUGCAUCAAAAGGUAAACGUCCAAGAAAAAUCCGAGUGGCUCGACCUUCAGCGACGCAGAUGGAUCCCGUCCCAAGCCAAAGAACACGUAGAGCACGAACCACGAAACGGUCUUCUGAUGUGCCCCACCCAUCAUAAGGCGUUCGAUGCAUAUGAGUUUUUCAUACGCUAUAUGCCUGAAGCGAGAAAGUUUGUCUUCUUUAACUACACCGGACGUUACGGCGAGGCCCCAUUUCACGGAAAAGCCAUCGCGCUCGACAUCGGUCAUCGUCAUGCGCCUUUUCCCGCGCUUUUCAUCCAUGAGCUGCGCGUUCGGGCGCACAAUCCGUUUCACUUUACCUUUCAAUCGCCCGACGAAAUCCAAUGGCAGGAUUGGAUCACAUCGUUGGGUAUAUUGAACGCUGACUCGACGCACGGCUUUUUCGACUCUAACUCCCCCUCACCUGCGCCCGCGACGAGCUCUACGCCGCCACAACAGCCACAGAUGCAGCAGGGCGAUACUUCAGUUUUAUCUGACGGACCCGUCUUGGGUCUCGACAGUGCCACGAUCUACAAAAUCCUUGCCGCGACGCGUGAAAGUGCUUCGUGGAAGGCUUGCGUGAUGGAGGGGACCAGCUGGGACGGGACGGCGGAUGAGAAUAGGGAGAAGUAUCAGGCUUUGUUCGGCGUUGGUGCGGAGGAUGUGUGA